AUAACCAAAACAAACCAAAAAAAAAAAAAGAACCAACGUUGCUGCACGUGUAAAUAAAUCAUUUAAUUACGUUGCACAUAAAAUGAAGCCCAAAAAGAAGUUGGGAGUGGGUCUGAGCCGGGAGGAACGCCAAGUUCUGGUCGUCGGCGAGAUUAUCCAGGAAUUGCUGAGGGCUCAUGAGGCCAAAAAGGAUGUGAACCUUAACCGAAUGAAAUCAUUGAUAUCCUCCAAAUAUGGAUUGGAUAGCUCGCCGCGCCUGGUGGACAUCAUUGCAGCAGUGCCGCAAGAAGCAAAGAAGAUCCUCCUGCCGAAGCUCAUGGCAAAGCCCAUACGCACAGCCAGUGGGAUCGCCGUGGUGGCGGUUAUGUGCAAGCCGCAUCGCUGCCCUCACAUAAACAUGACAGGAAACAUUUGCGUUUAUUGUCCGGGCGGACCAGACAGCGACUUUGAGUAUUCAACGCAGUCGUACACAGGCUAUGAGCCCACUUCUAUGCGAGCAAUCCGAGCUCGCUAUGAUCCAUUUCUGCAGACACGACACAGAGUCGAACAGCUCAAGCAAUUGGGACAUAGUGUGGAUAAGGUGGAAUUCAUCGUGAUGGGCGGUACGUUUAUGUGCCUUUCCGAAGAAUAUCGGGACUACUUUAUCCGUAAUUUACACGACGCCCUCUCUGGUCACAGCAGCGCUAAUGUGGCCGAGGCCGUACGUUAUUCAGAGAAAUCUCGUACAAAAUGUAUUGGAAUAACGAUAGAAACACGGCCAGACUAUUGCCUCAAGCGCCACAUUUCAGACAUGUUGAACUAUGGUUGUACCCGGCUGGAGAUUGGAGUUCAGUCGGUGUACGAGGACGUAGCUAGGGACACCAAUAGGGGCCAUACCGUGCGCGCCGUUUGUGAGAGCUUUCAACUGGGAAAGGAUGCUGGGUAUAAGAUCGUGGCGCACAUGAUGCCCGAUUUGCCUAACGUGGAUUUUGAGCGGGACAUCGAACAAUUCAUAGAGUACUUUGAGAAUCCUGCUUUCCGUUCUGACGGCCUUAAGAUCUAUCCCACGCUUGUCAUUCGCGGCACUGGACUCUACGAACUGUGGAAAACUGGACGCUACAAAUCCUAUCCCCCAUCAAUGUUAGUGGAUCUAGUGGCUAAAAUUCUAGCUCUUGUGCCUCCCUGGACUAGAGUAUACCGAGUCCAGCGCGACAUUCCCAUGCCAUUAGUGAGUUCUGGCGUGGAGCAUGGAAAUCUUCGUGAAUUGGCAUUGGCGCGCAUGAAGGACCUUGGCACUACCUGCCGCGAUGUACGAACCCGCGAAGUAGGCAUCCAGGAAAUCCACAACAAGGUACGACCGUACGAGAUUGAGCUAAUACGUCGCGAUUAUGUAGCCAACGGUGGUUGGGAGACGUUCCUUUCGUAUGAAGACCCCGAGCAGGAUAUUCUCGUUGGACUGCUGCGGCUACGCAAGUGCUCACCGGAUACUUUCCGCCCCGAGCUAAAAGGAGCCUGUUCUAUCGUCCGAGAACUUCAUGUUUACGGCUCCGUGGUGCCAGUUAAUGCUCGCGAUCCCACCAAAUUCCAGCACCAGGGCUUUGGCAUGUUGCUGAUGGAGGAGGCUGAACGCAUCGCCCGGGAAGAGCACGGCAGCAACAAAUUGGCAGUCAUAUCGGGAGUGGGUACCAGAAAUUACUAUCGAAAACUGGGCUACGAGCUGGACGGGCCAUAUAUGUCAAAGUCUAUAAGUUAAAGAGAUAACCUAGUUUUCUCUUUAUAUCCUUUUAAACAAAGAAACAUACAAUAAAUGUUUUUAAAAUAAAUAGUAAAAUAACUGUGACAUUUUUCGCAGAAAUA